CUGGCGCAGUUUAGCACGAUUGCGGAUUGCGUUUGGAUUAUUGCCUUUGUUUGGAUACGGCCUUGGGUUUGGAUAAUGUGGGUGAUUUGAAUUGAAUUAUUUUAUCUCAAAAUAGGCAUGAAAAUAAAUUCAAUUGCCUCCCUGAACUGCUCAAACUUCUAAUGCCCACAUUAACAUCCCAGGCAGCUCUUAGCCUCAUCAGGGUGCAUCUCCUGUGACAACAUUAGCUGGGGCUGUGUGAAAUGGCCAGCCUCCAGUCUGUCACACCACACGACCCGUCAGAGGUUCUGACAGCUUCAGAGAGGGUCUCGGAGGUCGUGUCAAUGUCAGAACAAGGCUCAGCGUGUGAGGUAUGCGCGGCAGAGGUGGCCGAGGCGUCUGCUGGCGAUGAGGCGGCCUGCCGUGCUGCCGCCACCCUGCUCGGUGCCGACAGCGCGCCCUUGUGGCUGUGCCGCGCGUGUGCCGAGCUGCUGCGAGCCAUCGAUGGCCACCGCCGAGAGCUGGAGACGGCGCAGCGGCUGUUCUGGCGCCGCCACCGGCAGGGCGCUCAGAAGAGACAGUCUGUUGGCCUUGAUAUGGAGUUAACCAGUCACAAAGUGAACGGGGCCAACGCGGCGCUCUCAGAUGAUGAGCUGGACUCCAAAAACGAUAAAUGUGCCGUCAGUCCUCCACACGGUGAAAAAGAAGAGAACACGACGGAGGAAAUCUCUGAGACUGUGCCUGCCUCGGACGACGAGGCGACCGGCAGCACCACGGCUGACGACCCCUCCAUCCGCCGCUCGGGGUCCUCCGGCAAACAAUGUACCACCUGUGGCAAGGAGUUUCGCACGUGGCGCGCGCUCGACGGCCACGUCAACUCUCACACGGGCGCGCGGCCGUACGCGUGCUCACACUGUGACCGGCGCUUCUCGUCCCGUCCUGCGCUGCGCCAACACCAGGGUAUCCACUUCAACAAGUGGGCGUGCGAGCUGUGCGGCAAGGUUUACAGCACGGAGCCGGCGCUCUCCACUCACCGCAGCUACGUGCACUUCCCGGAGCGGUUGAAAACCAUCACCUGUCCCGUCUGCGGUAAGGAGUUCCUCGGUCAGAAACGCUACAACAAACACUCGCUCACGCACUCGGCCGGCGCGGGACGCUUCACCUGCCCGGAGGAGGGCUGCGAUAGUUCGUUUAAGACCCGCAAUGCGCUCAAUGUGCACAUAUAUAAACACCAGGGCAAGCGGUUCGCGUGUGACCAGUGCCCGGCCAUGUUCUCGUCCAAGGCGUCCAUGCAGCAGCACAUGGUUCGUCACGGCGCAGUGGAGGCUCGUUUCCCGUGUCCACACUGUCCUCGGCGCUUCAUUUAUAACUCGAUCCUGCGCUGUCACCUGGCGUCCGCGCACAGCGCCGAGCGAGACUGCGUGUGCGAGGUGUGUGGCGCCACGUUCACGUGCAACUCGGCGUUGAACGCCCACAAACUGUCGCACCAGGAGGAGAGGCCGCACGUGUGUACCACGUGCGGCGCAGCAUUUAAAAGGAAGCAGAUCUUGGAGAGGCAUGUGCGAUUCGUUCACAACAGGGAGGUGGCAGCGCGGUGUGAGCAUUGCGACAAGGGCUUCCCGACGCAGCACAAGCUGAAGGUUCACAUGCGCUCGCACACAGGCGAGCGACCGUUUUCGUGUCCUCUUUGUGAGAAGCGGUUCUCGCAGAGGUCGCACGUGCGCUCACACAUGCAGCUGCACGUGGAGUUACGGCCGACGGACGGGUCGGAGGCGGUGGUUCCGGCGGUGCCGCUGUCUGCGCCCUGUCCUGUAGCGCCCCCUGCGCUGGAGGCCGGCCCGGCGGCGCCCCCUGCACUGGAGGUAUUAGAGGUGGCGGCGCUGCUGCCGGUGACACCCGUUGAGCUCGUGUCGCCCGCAUCACCUACUACCGGCCAGCUCCUCACACCACCGUCUACUCAGCAGUGAAUGCUGACUGGUGUAGACAUUUUUUAUGAUUGAUCCCGGGUCAGUCAUGUCAUGUCAUGUGGAAAAUGUGCAGUCAAUGAGCCUGUUACCCAGUUUUAAUCUUUUCAUACGCCUGGGCAGCUAAUUCGUAUUGAUUGUUUAUGAUGAUUUUAAGAUGUUUUGUAUAUGAUCGAUGGCUGUGAUUCUUCAAGGUCAAAAUAAUGUUUGGUGUGCGUUACGUUGUUUGCGUACGUUGGACACAAAGCGUAGUUGUUGACGCGUAAUGGAAACCGUUUUAUGGAACAUUUGUUGCUUUUCAUGAUAAAUUAUAUGUACUGAAGUGUUUGGUGUGAUUUUUGCCCAACUACUUUCCUUUACAAUAAGAAAAAUGUUUGACCUUUUGGGGUCUACAAAUAUAGAAUGCAAAUGUACGUUUGUCUUACCCUAAA